AUGGCGUGCCAUCGUGGUUGUUUUCUUCUCCAUCAUCAGCAGCAGCAGCAGCAGCAUCAUCAGCAGCAGCAGCAGCAGCAGCAGCAGCACCAACAACAGCAGCAGCAGCAGCAGCACCAGCACCAGCAGCAGCAGCAGCAGCAGCAGCAGCAGCAACACAAAUUCAUAGAGCUUACCCUGAGGUCCCUCUUCUUUUCUAUAGAGCCACAGACUUCUCCACCAGCAGCAUAA